UGUCUUCAAAUUAAAUCUAAUUUCUUCAUCGUCUCUGCCUACAUUCCCUCUUUGCCCGACCGGAAAAGGAGCUUCCCCGCCGGAGCCAUUCCCUGUGAAAAAAGAGAUGAGUGGCCACGACUCCAAAUACUUCUCCACUACCAAAAAGGGAGAAAUCCCCGAGCUCAAAGAAGAACUCAAUUCUCAGUACAAGGAUUCCCAGGACCCAAAUCCUUUGAUCCGUGCUUUAGCUGUGAGGACAAUGGGGUGUAUUCGGGUUGAUAAAAUAACUGAGUAUUUGUGUGAUCCCUUGCAGCGGUGUCUCAAGGAUGAUGAUCCAUAUGUUCGCAAGACGGCAGCUAUAUGUGUUGCUAAGCUUUUUGACAUUAAUGCCGAGUUAGUGGAAGAUAGAGGUUUUCUGGAUGCACUCAAGGAUUUAAUAUCAGAUAACAACCCCAUGGUUGUUGCGAAUGCUGUUGCUGCACUUGCAGAGAUUCAAGAGAAAAGCAGCAGGCCCAUCUUUGAGAUCACUAGUCACACUCUUUCAAAGCUUCUUACCGCUCUAAAUGAAUGCACAGAGUGGGGUCAAGUUUUCAUUUUGGAUGCUCUUUCCAAGUAUAAAGCAGCAGAUGCUCGUGAAGCCGAAAAUAUAGUUGAGCGUGUUACUCCGCGUUUGCAGCAUGCAAAUUGUGCUGUUGUUCUCUCUGCUGUCAAGAUGAUCCUUUUACAAAUGGAACUAAUUACCAGCACUGAUGUUGUUAGAAACCUAUGCAAGAAAAUGGCCCCUCCUCUGGUGACUUUGCUUUCUGCAGAACCAGAGAUUCAGUAUGUUGCUCUAAGGAACAUAAACCUUAUUGUGCAAAAGCGUCCCACUAUUCUUGCCCAUGAAAUCAAGGUUUUUUUCUGCAAAUACAACGAUCCGAUUUAUGUGAAGAUGGAAAAGUUAGAAAUCAUGAUAAAGCUUGCUUCUGACAGAAAUAUUGACCAAGUCCUAUUGGAAUUCAAAGAGUACGCUACAGAAGUAGAUGUGGACUUUGUCAGGAAAGCUGUUCGUGCUAUUGGACGAUGUGCCAUAAAAUUAGAGAGAGCGGCUGAACGGUGCAUUAGCGUCUUACUUGAGUUGAUCAAGAUCAAAGUAAACUAUGUUGUGCAAGAAGCUAUAAUUGUGAUUAAAGAUAUAUUUAGGAGAUACCCCAACACCUAUGAGUCCAUAAUUGCUACACUUUGUGAGAACUUAGACACCUUGGAUGAGCCAGAGGCAAAGGCAUCAAUGAUCUGGAUAAUUGGUGAAUAUGCCGAAAGAAUUGAUAAUGCCGAUGAGCUCCUGGAAAGCUUUUUAGAGACCUUUCCAGAAGAACCUCCACAGGUUCAAUUGCAGUUGCUAACAGCAACAGUUAAACUUUUCCUAAAGAAGCCAACUGAAGGCCCUCAACAGAUGAUCCAGACUGAUAAUCCCGAUCUUAGAGAUCGUGCAUACAUAUAUUGGCGACUCCUUUCAACUGAUCCGGAGGCAGCAAAGGAUGUUGUUUUAGCCGAAAAGCCUGUGAUUACUGACGACUCGAAUCAACUUGAUGCGUCUCUCCUAGACGAGCUUCUUGCCAACAUCGCCACAUUGUCAUCUGUAUACCACAAGCCACCUGAAGCUUUUGUGACACGUGUGAAAACUGUCCAGAAAACAGAGGAGGAGGAAUAUCCUGACGGUGAAGAUGGUUAUUCCGAAACACCUGCCAAUGCUGGUGCCACAUCAUCACCAGCCAGCUCAAAUACUGUGCAGCCAGCCACAGCUCCUUCUCCUGCACCAGUCCCCGAUUUACUUGACCUGAUGGGCAUGGAUGGGAACAACAGUGCCUUAGUGCCGACUGACCAACCUGCAACCUUAGCUGGACCUCCCUUGCCGAUUCUAUUACCCGCAAAUACCGGUCAGGGCCUACAAAUUAGUGCUCAGAUGGUAACACUCGACGGGUUUAUGAUUCAGUUCAACAAGAACACUUUCGGUCUUGCUGCAGGUGCACCUCUACAGGUCGCCCAAUUGCUACCUGGUGCAUCCGCAAGCACCCUUUUGCCUAUGAUUUUGUUCCAAAAUGUAUCUCCCGGCCCACCUAGCACGCUUCUCCAGGUUGCUGUGAAAAAUAAUCAGCAGCCCGUUUGGUAUUUCAAUGACAAAAUAUCACUGCUUGCAUUCUUUUCGGAGGAUGGAAAAAUGGAGCGAUCCACAUUCCUUGAGACAUGGAAAUCUCUACCUGAUUCAAAUGAGGUCUCGAAGGACUUUCCAUCAGUCGUGCUGAAUAGCGUGGAGUCAACCUUGGACCGUUUGACUGCAUCCAACAUGUUCUUCAUCGCAAAACGCAAGAACUCAAAUCAAGACGUGUUGUAUCUCUCGGCCAAGAUCCCUCGAGGUAUUCCUUUCUUAAUUGAACUCACAGCAGCAAUCGGUAUUCCGGGCCUUAAAUGCGCCAUAAAAACACCGAGCCCGGAAAUGGCCCCACUUUUCUUCGAAGGGAUCGAGUCUCUUCUCAAGAGCUAGGUGUGUUUGUGUUUUUAUUUUUAUUUUUAGAUUAUAGAGGGUUUUUGUAAUUUUUUUGAUUGAAGUACUUACUGUUGGGUAUUUGUUGUAUUUACCCGUUGAUUGAGAACUGCCAUUUAUAAUAUAGAUAGAAAUGCAUUUAUGAUCUGCAUAAUCGAAAAAUUAUUUAAGCAGUAAACUGUAGGCUCUCUCUGGAAAUUUGGAUUUGCUUGUUGAUGUGAAGUUUGCUUUAUUAUUUAUGGCUACAUAGUACACG